CCAAAAAUACACAGUUAAACCGUUAAAUUGCAGUCCCACGAAAAAAGAAUUCCAUCUGUCGUUUCUCCUAUUGGUUCUUAUCCGAAACUAAAUCGCCGUCAAAACUAAAAUGAAAAAAAAAAAAAAAAAGAAGAGAAAUUUGCAGAACUAUCACUUUAAAAGCUCGAAGCUUUCUACUGUUUCCAUGGAAUAAUCAUCAUUGAAGUUAGAAAAGGUCUCUCCUCAGUCAACUGUAGUUUCUAUAUUUUCUUUCUUGAUCGAAGAAGGUUUUGGUGAUCGGAAUCAAUGCCUUUGGCGGCGGCACAUCAGUGGCAGGAAAAAGCUACUGGCUUCUUUUCUUCAUCAGGGGGAAAGAUUAAGGAAGCUGGGCAAACGGCGGGGACAUUCGUGGAAGGAGUGGCAAAGGAUGCGAAAGAUAACGUGGCAGAUGCGGCGGAACGAGUUGGUUCCAUUGUCAAGAGCCGGUGGGCGAUUCUGCGGCAGCCAGCAACAAGACAUGCUGUUCAGGAAAGCCUUAUAUCAGCUGCUGCUACGACUGGGACCCUGCUGAGGAAGGGUAUAUAUGGGACCAAGGACAAGGUUACAGUUGGGAAGAUUAAAGUUGAAGAGGUGGCCAAAAAGACAGCACAGAAAAGCAAGACUAUUCUAACUGACAUUGAACGAUGGCAGAAGGGUGUUGCCAGCACAGAUGUCUUUGGAGUUCCAAUUGAAGUAACUGUGCAACGACAGCAAUCCAGCAGGCCAGUUCCACAUAUAUUGGUCAAUUGUGCUGAUUAUCUCAUAUUAUCAGGAUUAAAUGCGCCAGAUUUGUUUAAAGCUAAAGGAGAUGAAAAGGUCAUUCAGCAAUUAGUUUCUGUGUACAAUCAAGAUCCGAAUGCAUCAUUGCCAGAGGGUGUGAAUCCAAUUGAUGUGGCAGCUCUGGCUAAAUGCUACCUGGCAAGUCUUCCUGUGCCAUUGAUGAACUUUGAGCUCUAUAACGAGAUUAGAGAUGCCCAUUCUAGCAUACAUGCAAUGCGAAACAUCUUGAGGAAACUUCCUACUGUAAACUACAUGACCCUUGAGUUCAUCACUGCACUGUUACUCCAUGUUAGCCAGAAAUCUUUUCUUAACAAGAUGGAUGGUCGAAGCCUUUCCAUGGAGAUGGCUCCUGUAAUUAUGUGGCAGCAGGAUCACAGACCAGAAUCUUAUAGACGGUAUUGGUGUCACCCACAUAAAACUCCUUCCAGUAAUAACAUGGGUCCUAAACCUGAUUAUAGUGCUUGGGCCAUGCUUUCUGAUGAGGAAGAAGAAAUGGAUGCUUCCUCCCACGUUUCCUUGGAUGAUGGCAUGCCAAUUGAUUUUGGUAUUAUUGAGGUUAUCCAGUGCCUAAUAGAACAUCACAAUCCUAUUUUUACGGAUGCAAACGAGACCGUUUGGAGAUAGUCGAGAUAAAAAAGUCAUCAAGCACAAGUUGUAACCAAUUGGUUCUCUAGAUGAAGUUCUAAAUUUAAUGAAGUCAGUCUCAUGCAUGCCAGUUAUCAUAUUGGUUGCCAAACCAAAUCUGGGGAAAGGCUUGUCGCGGCGAGUCUGUACAUUCUGAUUAGGUAGAUCUUUUCUCAUGGUUAAUGUAUUAGGACAAAAACUAUUGGUUUGCAAUAUUUUGCUGCAUAUUUUUGGAGAAGAAUAGAUGCAAAGCAUUGCCUUUUUGAUUCUCUCUUUUCCUAACUUCCCAAAUUUUAGUGAAUUAUGAGGGUAAACUUUCUUGUAAGAUUUUAUGAAGGGAUUAUAUCUGUAGUUUUC